AUGCAAUCACCAGCUGAUCCCGCUGGUGAGGCUGCGAUACCGGCGACGUCGAGCACAAAUGUCAAUAAGAACACAAAUACCUGGACUCAGAGUUUCAUUGCGUCCAUCCGUGACCUCUUUACUCGCGAGCCAGCCUCCAAGGAGCCGGAGUCAGAUGCGUUGUCUGGAUGGGUUGGAAUGCGAAAGGGGAAAGGGCGAUGUCGGUCUGUUGGAGAGGUUCAUUGA